CUAAAGAGUCCCACAGAACAUAGCGUGGACUCCACCACACCAUGCACAAAACACCAUCCCCCAAUAUUUGUGUUGGUUGUGGUGAGCAGAAAACAGCUAAAGGCAGAGUGUCAACACAUACCAUACCAGCCUGUUCCUCACUCUCAGCUCCUAUUUUAAUUUCCGCCCAAAUUACCGUGGAAAGCACAUCUCCCUCUCUGAUUGAUUCCAUUCUCCAACUCUUUCUUGUUCCUAUAUCUCUCCUUCCCCUCCAAAAACCCCAAACUUGUCCUCUCGCCCUCUUGCUUCCUUAACCUCUUAUCUUACAACAACACAACCAAAUCAAUGGAUCCGUGCCCGUUCGUGCGGAUCCUGGUCGGGAACUUAGCCCUGAAGCUUCCCCGCUCCCCCUCCGCCGCUUGCGAAUCCUCUUCUUCCAAUUGCCUGGCCAAGGUCAGGUUCAAGGGCUUCCCCACUCAGGUGGCCACUAUCCCCAUCGUACAGGAACACGACGAUAACCACCAAAACUCUCAGCACCAUCGCCCCCGCCACUCCUCGCUGCAGUCUUCCUCUUCGUCGGCCUCCUCCUCCAACCCCAACCCCAAUUCCAGUUCCUCUACUCACUCGCUGGCAGCCUGCUUCAAUCUCGACAAAUCCCAGAUCGAUAAGUUCCUCCAAUCUAAGAAACCCAAGAGUUUGAACAUCGAGAUUUACGCCGGUGACGACGGAGGAGGGCCUUCUUCCUCAGCUGCCGCCUGCUGUUGUUCAAGCCGGAAGCUCAUGGGGACUGUCGUCGUUCCGCUUGACCUCCGGAAGGCAGAGUUUCGGCCUUCUGUUAUGCAUAACGGCUGGGUGCCCAUUGGGGGAAGGAAGAAAGGAGACGAACCAGCGCACUUCUUCCUCAAUGUUCGGGUUGAGCCCGAACCCAGAUAUGUCUUCCAGUUCGAAUCCGACCCGGUCUGUAGCCCUCAGAUUUUCCAGGUUCAGGGCAGCGUCAAGCAGGCCGUCUUCACUUGCAAAUUCAAUUUGAGAAACCAGGGAGAUCGCAGCAGCCUCUCACGGCCGGACUCGAGCGCCCCAACAGGUUGCCUGCGGUCCAUCACAGGAGGCGGCGACGGUGGGAGCCAGAGUAAUCAAUUCACGAAAGAUCGCAAGGGGUGGACAAUCACAAUCCACGACCUCUCUGGCUCGCCGGUGGCGAUGGCAUCGAUGGUAACCCCGUUCGUUCCUUCCCCUGGUUCCGACCGGGUCAGCCGAUCAAACCCGGGAGCCUGGUUGAUUCUCCGGCCGUCUUCAGGCACAUGGAAAUCCUGGGGGCGACUGGAGGCGUGGCGAGAAGGCCGCAAAGGUCUCGGGUACCGCUUCGACCUCCUCCACGACGGAAUCACCGCCACUCCCACCACCUCCACGCUCGUCAAUUCGGUGGUGAGCACCAAAGGGCGGGGGAAAUUCGCCAUCGACAUGACGGGAACCGCCGCUACCCCGGCCUGCAGCCCGCAUAGCAGCUGCGACUUCGGGUCGGGAUCCGGAUCGUGGUCUGGGUCAGAGUUCGGGUUGGGGAUGCUGAGCCAGCCGAUCUACAAGGGCUUCGUUAUGUCCUCGACGGUGGAAGGGAAGGGCGGCCAGCCGGAGGUGGAGAUAGGGAUCCAACACGUGAACUGCACGGAGGAUGCGGCGGUGUUUGUUGCGCUGGCGGCAGCGGUGGAUCUGAGCAAAGAAGCGUGCCGGUCGUUCCCUCGGCGGCUAAGGAAAGGGUUGCAGCAGCAGGCUUAGUCUUUUGUCGUAUAACGCUCAAUGGGUCCGUCGUUUUGGGUUGGAGGCUUUUGCGCUACAACUAAAACUAACAGCGGAAUGUGAGCUGGAUGGUACAUGUACAGUGAGGAAUGACCACAUAAACUCUCUUCUUUUUUGGUUUGUUAUUAAAGUUUUGGUGAAUAAUUUAUUUGUAAAUUCCCAGUUCUGGAUGAUUAUGUGGUUGAAUGAGAAUCCUAUGCAAUUCAGGUGGUUGAUGGUAACUGGUCACUUUGUGCGGCCAUGAGGUGGCAAAUUGACGCUAG